GCAAAUAAAUCCAGAUGCAAAGAACAUAAAAGUUAAACACAUGCAUAAACUUUUACUGAAGUGUUGCAUUUUAAUAUUUAUGUAACUUGAGCUUAUUGCAAUUGAUUCAAAUUUUCGACCUCCAUCACUUAUCCGAAAUUGCUUAGAAAUGCAAAUGAGGUUUGCCAAAUGCAAAAAACGCCGAAGGAGAAAUGCAAAUGAAGAAUCAGCUUAUGCAUUUUCCCGGGAAAUCAGCAUCACGAUAGACUUAUUAUAUUAAUAAUUAAUAGGCUUACGGUUGUGAUUUAUUGCAGAAACACAUUUUGGAAGAUUUCCAUUUUAUUUUAUGUAUUUUUUUUAUGUAGGGUCUACUCACUUAUUUAGCCUACUUGUAUUUUAUUUGUAAAAAAAUGUGCUUAUUUUUUCAAUUUAGAGCAAAUCAGUUAUGUAGUGUAGAUUUAACCUAUAUAUUUAACUGUAAAAAGUCAGAAAUGGAGUAUUUUUGGUUAAGCAUUGACUUGUAAUUGCUACUAUUGUAUUAUCAACCACAUUGUGCUCUUGACAAAAGAAAAAAGAGACGUGUAUGUAUGGCAGUAAUUACCCACUUGUGGUUUGGCCCUAGUAAUAAUUCAGACUAUUAAUCAUCUGCAGAUAAACAAACAGCGCUCAUUCUGUACGUAUCACUCCCAUUUAGCUCUCGAAGCCUAACCGAGGCCUUCAGCAGCAUUUAAAAGCGAAUCCUGUCUCGUAUUAAAAAGCUCAUGUUGCUCAAUAGACAUGCCACGGACAGAGUCUUUUCCCAACUAUUUCCUGAUACGAUUCCACUCCUGCCACAUCAGACUGAAAAACUGAUCCAUGUAAACAUUUCUGCGAGUCUCAGCGACCGCAGAGCUUUUCUCUGUCUCCAGCGAGAUGAUUUGGAGGAGAAGAACUCAAGCCACACAGGGAGAGCUCUGCUAUAUCUUGUCCAGGCAGAAUCCACGCGAAAAAACCCAUCUCUGACCACACGCCGUGGUCAUUUACUCACAAGUACGAGGUUUUAAAGAUUGCACGAAACUUCAGUUCUAAUACUGGGUGCUUUACUCAGAAUCAACAGUUGUUUUUUAGUCAGUAAACAUGUAAUAUCAUGUGCAUGUAAUGUACAUCUAUUAAAAUAGUCACGCAUCCUCAAGGUCUCUAGAUAUAGCUUGGUUUGGAUGAUUUUUAAAGACUUCUUGUCUGCUCAAGGCUGCAUUUAUUUGACCAAAAAUACAUUCAAAAAAUAGUCAAAUAUUAUAACAAUUAAAAAAAAAAAGUUUCUAUACAAACGUAUUUACAAUGUAAUUUAUUCCUGUCAUGCAAAGCUGAAUUUUCAGAAAACUAAAAGACAAAUGAAGAAUGCAGUUUCACCUGAAAUUGGCAUCGCCUUCGUGGAAAGAAAAAUGUCAAAAAGCAUCUCCUCUGUUAAACCACCAUCCCCUCUUUGAUUAUAUUAAUGUUGAGUAUUAUGUAAAUCUAAUGCAAAUUAAAUGAAUUCUUUAAUUAUGAUAAUUUAUGAACUAAAUAACGUUGACUGGCGAGUCAGAACUGGGUUGAGUAACAAGCUUGCUUGAAGUGAAGAGAUACGUUUCGUUUUGUUGUAAUAAAUUAAACACGUGAAGGGAUGCUUGGCUUCUUGGGGUGUGCUCAAUCUCUGUUCUUUCUCUGGUAGUGCAUUAGGCUGAAGAGAAAUUUCUGUCAUUUACAUAAUAUACUGUAAGGAUACUAGAAAGGAAAACAUUAUUCACAAAUAACCAUUUCUUUCUACAACUUUCCAACUUCUGCUUUUUUUUUUAUCAGUGAGCGGGAGUAUUUAGUAAGGAGGACUGAACCACAAUUAAAAGAGAGUCUUCAACAGGAGUUCAUGUUUUUAAGAAAUGGUGUUUAUAAAUGUUUGUCUUUAUAAAAUGCUUUGAAGGACACAGUUCUGUGGCUGUAUGACAAACAGUAGUGAAUAUUAAAGCAUAAAUAAAUAUUAAAUGUUUCAUCAGUGGUCCAUGCGAUUACACUCUAUCAUGUCUGAUGGGCUAAAUUUGGUUAAUAUCUGAAAGUAACUUUGUAUAUCGUUUAUGAAAUUUUAAUUUUCUUCUCUACAAUGCAAAGGAUAGACUUUUCCUUCCCCUCUAUUUCAGGAAAAAGUGCUGUUCCCUGUUAUUUUAAAGCUAAGAAACUGGGAACCAUUUAUUUCUACCGGCCAGUGUAAGAUCUCCGUGUUGGGUUGGAGUUACACACUCUCAGAAAAACAUUUCAGAAGGGAACAAUAUACACAGUUAAUGGUAAAUAUUUAUUGGUACUAAUAUGCACCUUCCAGGGGUAAAAAAGAUACAAAAUUGUUCCGUUUGAAAGGUUACCGCCCCAGUGACAGCUUUUGUAUCACUUUUUUGUUUAUUGCUUAUUGCUUUACACCCAAAGUGCUUUUCAAUCAAAUGAGGGGAUCUCUUCUUAACCACCACCAGAGAGCAGCAUCCACCUGAUGAUACAACAGCUGUGGUUUUGUCCUUUUCUUGAGCUGUUCCUUUAAGAUCAUCUGAUUUUAGUAUCACAGCCAUGCUAAUAAGCCCACAACAGGUACAUGAGUCAUCCAGGAAUGUUGGAUGGCCAGACACUGAAGACAACGAUCGUGUCCGACUUCAGAAGACAGGUAACAACCACAACCAAGAGGACACGGAUGGAACUGCAUCUUGAAAAAGUCUUUUAGUAAAUCUGCUCUUUUAGUUGAAGUGCCCAUGGGAAUCGCUGCAGACAGAAACACUGCUGUUUUGCACCAUCAUGCCAACCGGAAGUUGAAAGGCUUUGUGGAGAUCGACACAUUCAUUCAUUGGGCUUCAAAGCAAAAAUCUGAAGAUUAGAUGCACCUGUUGCCUAUUUAUACCUGUAUGCACGGGGCGUGGCUCAGGUAUGCAAAAUUCACUAGACUAAUUUAAUUGGCAUUUUUUCUUAAAGUCAGAGAUGAUUGGGGCUCCCAAGUGAACCCUCAUAUGUCAUCACAACAUAACUCCUAGUGAAUGACAGAUAAGGAACUGGAUCUGAUUGUACCCAGAUAAUGAAAUUCCCAGUAGAGUCCAAAAUGAACAUGAUUUGCAUGUUUUCAGAUAAACUGUAUAUCGGUUUUCAGCGGCUCAUAAGCCAACGGUUUCAUAUGUUGAUGCAUCACACUCUCUCAACUCUUGGACUGUGUACUUUAUCUAAAGAAGGUAAUAAGAAAAAUAUUUGGGAUUUAAGAUUUAUUUCCAAAGUCUGUGGAAAACAAGAUAUAAUGUGUGUCUCUAUCAGGCCGCUGUCUCUGGGGAAUUAUGUUUGGACAAAAGCAGAAUUUGCUGUGGCUGAUGAUCAUCUGUUGUGCUACGUGCCAGAUAACAGGUUCAGAAAACUCGACAGAUGAGUGUUUCUGGAACAGCAGUAACUCAGCAGUUCCAGUUAUUACAUGGACCUGUCAAUCAGGUAAUGGGUACUUAGAAAAUCUGGAAGUUGUUGAACCCUUAGAAGCAUCAGGCGCAAUCGACGAACUGGAGUCUGAAAUGGAAGAAAUGGAAAAUAAAAAUAUAAGCAAUGCAGAGAUUGUCAUUGGGAAUGCUAACGGUCUUCUCCAAAUACAUGAUGAGAACACAACAACUGAAGACAUGUGCUACUCAUCAAAUCAGAAUAUGAUAAACGUUGUUGACUGUCAAAGCAUCCCAAAUACAAACUUUCUAUGGGCUGUAAAGAUUCCCAAGGAAGCUGUGAAUAAAUCACGACAGGAAAACAAUGGAUGUGCAUUUGUUGCAGUUCUACGGUUCAUAAAUAUGAUAAACAAGAAUCAAACGAAAAACCGGACUGUUUUGAACAAUGAGGUUUACGGAAUAGCGAUGAAGGCCAAUAUCACCAACCUUACUGACAAUAUUGAAAUGUUCUUUAAACAGAAAGUUCCGGUCAGUAAGGCAUCCUGCAUUUCUUGGGAUGGAAACGGAGAACUUAACUGGACGACGUUCGGCUGUGAGACAGAAACAAUCGAACAAUCAAACACCAUAAAGUGCACCUGCUCACACCUGACGUUCUUUGCCGUGCUGAUGAUUCAGUCAGAUACAAAUGUAACAGGGGUGCAUUUACAGUCAUUGACUUUUAUCACUUCUAUCGGCUGUGGCAUCUCCAUAUUUUUUCUGUUCAUGGCUUUAUUGAUGCACUUCCUGUUUCGGAAAGCCAAGUCAAAUCAGGCCACAAAGAUCCUGAUGAACAUGUUUGCGGCUUUGUUUCUACUGAAUGCCUCGUUUUUGUCAAACGAGAGCGUCGCUAACACAGGAGACAACGCUGCGUGUGUCUUCAUAGCGCUGCUCCUGCAUUACUCCAUGCUGGCCUCAUUCACCUGGUUCUUCAUUCAAGCUCUUCAUAUGUACUUAUGGCUCAUCAGACAGAACGUCUCCAUCACAAACUACAUGAGGAAGAUCACCGUGUUGGGCUGGGUGUGUCCGGCUCCAAUAGUCGUAGUUAUUGUUUCUGUAGGAGGAUAUGAAGCAGUGAUUCUAAACACAACAUCUGGAAAAAUCAUACAAAUGUGCUGGACUACAAAUCCUUAUAUUCACUACAUAGUGAACAUUGGCUACUAUGCUUUAGUUUUCAUCUUCACGGCAGGAAUCUUCAUCAUGAUCGUCACUAAGAUCAUUCAGUCCAGAAUCAUAAGAUCGACUGAAGACAAGAGAAAGACGUUCAGAAAGCAGCUGAUGAUGGUGUUGAGUUUGUUCCUGCUCUUCGGUCUGACGUGGUCUGUGGCGUUCUUCAGUUAUGGACCGAUGCUCAUUCCCUCAUAUUAUAUAUUCACUGUGCUGAACUCAUUACAGGGGUUCUUCCUCUUCCUGUAUUACUACCACAUUCACAAUGAUGCCGCGGGUCAGUUCUCUGAUGAUCCAGAAAACACUGACUCCACAUCAACCAUCACUUAAUCCAGCAUUAAUGCUGCAGAAAAUAUUAAUAUCUAUCAUACUUAAGACAGAAGGCUUUCUUUCUCUCAGACUUCUUUCUCUUAGAUUAGAAGUAGGUAUGUACAUAAAAAGUAUGACUCUAAAAAGGGUCAGUUAUACUGAAGUUACUCAAAACAAAUGACAAUUUUCUGUUGAUCAUUACUAAAACUCAUUACUUGUAGAAGGAUUGAAUUGUGCUUUCAAAUCUCUGAUAUGAUCUGAUAUGUUGAGCAUUAUAAUCAUCCAUAUGUGCUCGUGUGUGUGUGUCAGAGCGACUCAAACAACACUUAAAAAAUUAUUUGUAAAAAAUAAAAUAAUAAAUACAUAUUCAAAUUAGGAUGAAUGUCGACAAGCCUUUGGAUUCUGACAUUUGCAUGGUCAUUUUAUAAAGCAGCUCACUAAAAUCCACAAACACGGAUGUGAAACAUAUUUGGUUACAGGAAACACACACACACACACACUGUCAGAAUCAGUGAAUGCAUCUGUUUUAUGUUGCUAAUUAUUAUCUGUUAUAUUUCUCAGCAUAUUUUAUGUGAUUCUAAUUGACCCAA